GAGCGGAGGCGCGGCCGGCUCCGGCCGGCGUUAGGGCGCGCGGGGGCUGCGAUGAGGGGCUCGCCCGGCUCAGAGCCGCCCGCGCCGCGCAGGGAGCGUCUCGCGAGCUUGUGCGGCUCCUUCCCCCGCCCCAGCCCGGGCGCGGCGGGGGGGGUUUUCCAGGCGCAAUGUGGCUCCCGCGCUUCCUCCCCGGCACCUUGCUGAUCUUGGGGCUCGUGGGCGGGCGGGGAGCCCUGGUCGCCUCCAGCACGGGUCUUCUUGAACUCUCUUUGGGCAAGUUCAGAAAUGUGCUACUUAACAAGACCAUCCAAGUGGAAGCUGUAAUAAGGAAUAUUGCAAGCACUGCGUCUGUCAUUAUUUUUCAAGUACAUUCCCACCAAAAAAAUAUAACCAUCUCUUUUAAUAAGAAUCUCUUUGCAAACAGCUCAGGAACUGGAGUAGAUGAAGGGUUAGUUUCCAUCCUUCGGCCUCAGCAGAAUGUGUGCACAUGGUACCUGCAGUCUCUGGAUGCCAGCCAAGUGUUAGGCACAGCUGUUUCUUUUGCUUAUACUGAGAGAGAUCCUAUCCCUGGAGGCUGCAAUCUGGAAUUUAACUUGGAAGUUGAUCCCAAUAUUUAUUUAGAGUAUAACUUAAUUGACACACGCAUCAAAUUUGCUCCUGCAAACUUGGGAUAUGCCAGAGGUGCCAACCCUCCCUCGUGUGAUUCAGAUACGGGCCAGAACUCUAGAUGGCGACUACGCUAUGACAUCUAUCAGUAUUUCUUACCAGAGAAUGAUCUCUCAGAAACUGUACUCCUGAGCCACCUGCGAAAGAUGUCUGAGGUGCAGAGCAUCAGAGCCAAUGGCAUUCGACUGGUUUCCUUAACAACUGAGGAAAAGACCAAUGUACACUUCUCUUCACUCCCUGGACAAGGGGUGAUCUAUAAUGUCAUUGUGUGGGAUCCACUUUGGAAUACCUCUGCUGCAUAUGUGCCUGUUCAUACAUAUGCCUGUAGCCUCACUGACCUGGUGGAGAAUUGUUCCUCUCUUGGAAGACUCUCCACCAAAAUAUUCUUCACCAUUUUUGCUGUUCUUGGUCUCUUUAUUUGCUUCUUUGGGCACAGGUUCUGGAAAACAGAUUUGUUCUACAUGGGCUUCAUUGUCACAGGAUUCUUUUCCUUUAUAUUAUUUACUAGAAUAACCUCUGUUAGCUAUGAUGUUUGUCUGAUUUUGACAGCAGUAGCUGGACUUGUUGGAGGGCUUCUCUUGGUUGCUUCUUGGUGGAGAUUUGGCUUUGUCCUUUUCUGUAUGUUGAUUGUUGGACUUGUGCUGGGAUUCUUCUUCUCAUCAGUGAUCUUCUUCACUCCAUUAGGAGACUACAAGGUUUUCCAUGAUGAUGCUGUGUUUUGGGUGACCUUUUCUUGCAUAGCAUUGAUGGUGCCAGUAGUCUUUGUUGGCUGUCCAAGAAUUCUGAACAUAUUGGCCUGUGGCAUAGUUGGCUCUUACUCGGUGGUCUUGGCUAUUGCUUGUUACCUGUACACAAGCCUUGCUUACAUCACAUUGGACGUACUCAGGAGGAUUCUGAAUGACGACUUCAGGCAAGCUUACACUAAUGUGCCCUUCCAAACAAAUGAUUUAAUCAUCUUGGCAGUAUGGGGGAUGCUGGCAGUCUGUGGAAUAACAGUGCAGCUUCGCCGAGAGAGACGUGAGAUACCCUUCCCACCGCACCCUUAUCGUAUCUGGAAGCGAGAAAGGGAGCGUAGGAUUACUAACAUCCUGGAUCCUAGCCACCACAUCCCUCCUCUAAGAGAAAGGAUCCAUAACAAACUAUCGCAGAUCAAGGAGUUCUUCCGAAAAGAGCAGCCAGCUGGGGAAAGAACUCCAUUACUUCUCUAACUGACCAAAUGGUGCAUGUUAAAAGCUACUGAAAAGGGCUCUAAGCAUCUAAACUGAGAUGGCAAUGUCCAGGGUCUAUCUAGCAGUGCUGACUUGGUGUCCUUGUUACCUAACCCUGCUUAACAAAAGUAAGGUGUGCAUUGGUUAUGGAAGACAACCCUU